AGAGGGAUGGAGAAAGAUAAACCUCUCCAUUUGUUUUAUAUCACUGAAGCAUCAUCCCUGCACACUAGAGUUUCUUGGAGUCAUUAACCGUUGGGCCACGAGAUUUUGUUCUUAGGGUCAUUAGAAAGCCAGAACUUCAUCUACACCUUCUGAGCUGAGUGAAGAAGAUCUCAACUAAAGAGCAUCAUUCAGAGAUUUCAGGUGACAUGAGUUCACCCACAGGAUCCAUACUCAGUACCAGCGCAGAAGACAGCCAGUCAGUUCCAAGUCCAGCCCCCGGCCCUGCUCCCAGUCCAGCCCUUUUGUGCCGUGUUUGUGGUGACAGCAGCAGUGGAAAGCAUUAUGGGAUAUUCGCCUGCAAUGGCUGCAGCGGUUUCUUUAAGAGGAGUGUCCGGAGAAAACUUAUAUACAGAUGCCAAGCCGGUACAGGGAUGUGUCCAGUGGAUAAAGCACACAGAAACCAGUGUCAGGCCUGCAGACUAAAGAAAUGUCUCCAAACUGGAAUGAACAAGGAUGCUGUCCAAAAUGAACGUCAGCCUCGCAGCACAUCUCAGAUCCGUCUGGAUAGCAUUGAUCUGGACAUAGACAGUCGCUCAGAGCACCUGGCUACCACUCGGGAGCCUCUACCUUCCUGUCCUCCUGUCAACAGCCUCCGAACACCUGUCCCUAGUGUGAUAACUGGGGCACUAAGCCCACCGCACAACCACCGUUUCAUGGCAAGCUUGAUGACUGCAGAGACAUGUGCCAAGCUGGAACCAGAAGAAGCUGAAGAAAAUAUUGAUGUUACAAGUAAUGAGCCAGAACGCACUCCUAGUGACUUCCAGAUGUCUGGGUUUCCAACAUCCAGUCCAGAGGGGGUGUACGAGACCUCAGCUCGCCUCCUCUUCAUGGCAGUGAAAUGGGCAAAGAACCUUCCUGUAUUUUCCAAUCUUCCAUUCAGGGACCAGGUGAUCCUUCUGGAGGAAGCAUGGAGUGAGCUUUUUCUCUUAUGUGCCAUUCAGUGGUCUAUGCCAUUAGACAGCUGUCCGUUGCUGUCUGUGCCAGAUCUGGCUCCUAACAUCCAUGGUAAAUCCAUCUCCUCCAGUGUAGAGGUCAGAGUUCUCCAAGAAACCAUCACCCGAUUUAAGUCGCUCAGUGUUGACCCAACUGAAUUUGCCUGUAUGAAGGCUGUCAUGCUCUUUAAGCCUGAAACCAGGGGUUUAAAAGAUCCUGAACAAGUAGAAAAUCUACAGGACCAGUCUCAGAUGAUGUUGGCCCAACACACCAGGAGCCAUUACCCCACCCAACCUGUCAGGUUUGGAAAACUUCUUCUUCUGUCUCCAUCCCUUCGAUUCAUCUCAUCAGAACGCAUCGAACUUCUGUUCUUUCAUCGAACCAUUGGUAACACCCCAAUGGAAAAACUGCUCUGCGACAUGUUUAAAAACUGAAAUUACAAUCAUCGGUGAGAACAACUCUGUGGUGUCCAAACACGACCACAGGCAAAUUCCCGUAAUCACCAAUAGGAUGACAAACUGCAAGGAUAUAAUUACAUGAUGAUUUAUAUCAGAUUGUCCUUGAUAUUCACGUGCUAGGACAGGGAAGACCAGAAAAUCCCUGAACCUGAUGUUGAAUAGAAGUUGUCAAGGUUUGAAUGCCCUCGUGUCACUUGCAUGUAUAAACAAUUCUAUCUUUUACCUUGCUGUCUGUUAGUACAGUAAAUGGCAAACAGAUUAUUACAAUCCUUGGGCAAAUUUUCUAAAGACCGAUGUUAUUUAGUAACUAUAGCAGAGGUGUGUUCCAACAGCUAAUCUUCCAGUUCCCUCUAUACAUCAGUAGAAUAUUGGGAGCAAUAAAUCUCCUUUCCUUGUGUUGCAAGUUUUUCAUACCACAUAAUCAGAUUAAGUGGUAGAAAAAAAUAUCACGGUGUUUUUUUGUUUGUUUGUUUUUUAACAAAAGGCAGUCGAACGCCUAAAAAGAUCCAUAUGUGUCUUAUAUUUGCUGUGUGAGAAUUAUUAUUUAUACAAAUGUUAGAUAAAGCCUUUUAUUGUAUGAAUUAUAUAUUUUUUCUGCU